GUUAACGUUAGUCAAGAUAUACAACAUUAAGUUUCAACUUUAUGCUUUUUGAAAACAUGUUUCAUGUUUGAAGUCAACAAUUUUCAUAAAAUGUUUUACACAUCUCUUGUGUUGUGUUUGUGGACGCUGCUUGGUGUGUUUGGUGAUGAAGUGAAGUCAGUGAAGCAGGGAGAUUCUGUUACUCUACACACUGAUAUAACUGAAAUACAGACAGAAGAUGAGAUCGAGUGGUGGUUUGAAAUGAUCCGCAUCGCCAGAAUCAAGAGAUCACGCAACAUCAAUCCUACAUAUGAAGAUAAAAAUAACAAGACUCAGAUAUUUAAAGACAGACUAAAGAUGAACAAUCAGACUGGAGAUCUCACCAUCAUAAACAUCACAACUCAACACACUGGACUUUAUCAACUAUAUAUUAAUAUAGGAAAUCAAGAGACAGUCAAGAGAUUCAAUGUUACUGUUUAUGUUUCUUCUACUGUCAGCAUCACUGAGUCAACACAAAAUCCAUCAAAUCCAUCAGUUACAUCAGAAGAUCUUUAUACUUCAUCAGGAGGACUACAGUCAGAUCAUAUAGUUGUAAUCUCUAUCUCUUGUUGUGUUGCUGUUGGAUGUCUGAUGAUUGUAGCUUCAGUUGUGAUCUUCUGGAUCUACAGGAAACACAAAAACAAACAUCAACAGGAUCGGACCAGAAAAGAUGAAGACACUUACGCUGAUACAACAACUCACAAACUAAUCACACAGACAAAGAAAAUCUGAGGCAGAAAAGGCUGCAACUAAACAGGCACUGGAUAAAGCCAGAGGACAAACUCGCGUAAACAUCGGUGGAGCAUUUGAACGGUGGAGACAACUGAGGGAGUUGAAGGGCCUGAAAAGCGAUGCCGA